CUCCUCAACUAUUUUCCAUUUUAUUCCGCCUGAAACUUCCGGAAAGGUGGGUCAGAUAAAACCACAAUUGAGUUUGGAGAAUGGAGAAGGGAAGUGUUAAAGUUCGAUGCCAGAGGAUUGGCUGCGAUGCUAUGUUCUACGAGGACGAUAACCCCGAUGGUUCCUGUCAAUACCAUGAUUCGGGACCUAUAUUUCAUGAUGGGAUGAAAGAAUGGAGUUGUUGCAAGAAAAGAAGUCACGAUUUUACUUUGUUUUUGGAAAUUCCUGGAUGUAAGACAGGAAAACAUACAACGGAGAAGCAAGUAAUUGCACCGGUGAAGAAGAAGACCAUGCCCCCUCCAACUACAGCUCCUUCAUCCAAUGCAACUUCAAAGGACUCUUGUUCUAGGUGUCGGCAGGGUUUCUUUUGCUCAGAUCAUGGUUCACAAGGCAAGCCUGUAAAUAUUGUUGCAGACAAACCCGUAAAUCUUGAUGGAGAUGCCUCUGCUGAAAACAAUUCAAAUAUUCAGGCUCUGAAACUUCCUAAGAAGAUAGUUGAUAUAAAUGAGCCCCAAAUAUGCAAAAACAAAGGAUGUGGUCAAACUUUCAAGGAAAAGGAUAAUCAUGAUGCUGCUUGCAGCUACCAUCCUGGCCCUGCUGUUUUUCAUGACCGGAAAAGAGGGUGGAAGUGCUGUGAUGUUCAUGUACAAGAAUUUGAUGAGUUUAUGAGCAUUCCUCCAUGCACAAAGGGAUGGCAUAAUGCUGAUCCAGUGUCCUGAUCGAUGAAGACACAAGAUGGGUUAUUUUCUUGCAGUUGCUGUUGCUUUAAUUGAAAAGGGAAAGUGUUGUUGAUUCAUGCAAUAUUCGUGUCAUUAAUUAGAACAAAACAUUUUUCUAACUUUUUCAUCUUCCUCAUCCCCCUUUCAAUUGUUCAAUCUCUUCUAUGAGGGUGAUUACUGGGAUAGUGUAGGAUGUGAAUUUGUUGUCAUGUGUUCCUUGAAAAUCAUGAUCUGCUUUUGCAUGACCAUUUUGGACCCAUCUAAUGUUGAGAGAUGUCAUACUGCGGUUUU